CCGUUGCAAACUUUUCCAUCCAGUUUUAAUCCAAAAAAACUUGUUGAAAUCAAUAUGCCUCGUAGCAGCUUGUCACAACUUGGAGAAGGAUUCAAGAGGUUGCAGAAUCUAAAAUCUAUGAGUUUGGAGGGAUGCAAGUUCCUCACAGAAACCCCCAAUUUUUCUGGAUUCCCAAAUUUAGAGGACUUGAAUCUAAACUACUGUACAAGUUUAGUUGAGGUUCAUCCUUCUGUUGGAUUCCUUGAUAAGCUUAUUUGCUUGAGUAUGAGAGGAUGCCGUAAUCUUACGAAACUUCCAGGAAGGGUUCACUUAAAAUCUCUAGAAUCUAUAGAUCUUAGUCAUUGUGGAAGGCUAAAAAAUUUCCCUGAGAUUGUUGGAAAGAUGGAAUCUUUGGGAGAGAUGAACCUAUCCGGCACUGCCAUCGAAGAAUUGCCUUCAUCAAUCAGAUAUCUCAUUCGUCUCUAUUCGUUAAAGUUAAGCAACUGCAAAAACUUCACAAAUCUGCCAUGCAGCAUUUAUGAGUUACAGAAUCUUCAAUUUGUUUAUCUUCGUGGAUGCCAGAAGCUUGUGAGAUUUCCAAAUAAGAUUAGGCAUACUUGAUCUUUCAGGAUCCAAUUUUGUUAGACUUCCCGAAUGGAUUACCAAAUUUGUCAACAUGCAAUAACUGAACUUGGUUGGCUGCAAGAGGCUUGUAGAGAUUCCAGAUCUUCCACCAAACAUACAUUCAGUAGAUGUGAGUGGUUGCAUAUCAUUAGAAAGAUUUCCAAAAUUGCCAAACAUCUUGGAAGGUAAAGAGUUACAGAGGCAUAGAAGGAUGAACUUGUCUAAUUGCUGGAGACUGCUCGACAUUGCGGCUAACUUCUCUGAUCACUUUCUGAUCGCUUGUAAGCAAUUGUCAGUCGGGGUCGUAUUUCCAGGAAGUGAAGUUCCAAUGUGGUUCAACUGUCGUAAGAAUUUGAAGAAGCCCGUAAAGAACUGUGACAUUUCCUUCGAAAUCCCUCGAGAUUUGAGAUGGGAAAAGAAAGGAUUGGCUCUCUCUGUUGCUUUUGAAACGCCAUUUAAAUUCGGUUCUUUUUAUGCCGUUAUUCACGUCAAUGAAGAAAAAAUUUAUGGUGUUAUGUUUGAAUUUGGCUCAACAAUUUUUGAGUCAGCUCACGUGUGGCUGCUCUAUGUUCCAUUUUGUAAGAUGGAUGAGUAUGUAAAGCUAAAUCAGUCUACGUGGCCGCGGCCGCCUUUUAUGUGUCGAGCUAGUUUUUAUCGAGAUUAUGAUCCACUGUACUUUAAAAGCUGCGGAGUCCACCUGGUAGUGCCACAGGAUGGUGGAGAUAUUCGUUCGUCUCGUCUCGUCGGUGGCAGUGAGGAAGGAGGAGGAUGAUAUUGGGGUCGAUAUUCAACACUAGUUAGAAGAAGAAAAAGUUCUGCCAGGAAGUCCAGAGGAUAAUGUACUUUCAAAUUAUUAGAUUUUGUAAAUUAUUUUGUAACUCCUUGUGGCACCAACCUGGUUUACAUGUAAGGGAUGGAUGGAGCGUGUUG